AUGGAUAACAUUAUUAUUCAAGUUUUAAACGACAAUAAAAAAUUAAAAAAAAAUAAUCAUAAACUUAAAAAAUCCUUGAAGAUCCAAAAGGUAGAAUUAGAUCAAAUGAGAUUCUACUAUACAUUAUAUAAAUUAAGGUUAGAAUUUACAGCUAAGAAAUUAUUCAAAUUUUUUGACAAAGAGCUGGUUGAUAAAAAAACUAUUGAUUUUUUCAUGAAAUGCAAUAUGAGUAAUAUUCUAGAAAUAAAGGAUCUUGAAGAGGAUAAUCAGUUAUGGAAAAACAAAUUUUUUACCUUAUUGGAAAGAGAUUGCUGCUGUUUACAAAAAAGCAUUAUCAAUGGAUUUGGUAGAAGUGAUAAAGCUACAAGAAGAUCAAAAGAUGCAGAUGCAAAUAAAAUCCAAUUUGAUACAAGCGAUGAAGCUACAAGAAGAUCAAGAGAUGCAGAUGCAAAUAAAAUCCAAUUUGAUCCAAGUGAUGAAGCUACAAGAAGAUCAAGAGAUGCAGAUGCAAAUAAAAUUCAUUUUGAUCCAAGUGAUAAAGCUACAAGAAGAUCAAGAGAUGCAGAUGCAAAUAAAAUCCAAUUUGAUCCAAGUGAUAAAGCUACAAGAAGAUCAAGAGAUGCAGAUGCAAUUGAAGGUCAUUUUGAUCCAAGUGAUAAAGCUACAAGAAGAUCAAAAGCACAUGUUACUACCAGAGUUGAUGACGUUGAAUUGAUCUACAGAAGUCAUCAGUUAGGACCAUGGAACCCCUUAGAUCCAGCGUUUGCAAAAAAACAAUUGCAGCUAGAAGAGAAAAUAGUCAGGUUGUUAAACCUUUUAUGA